CAAUCGAGAAUUACAACAACACGGAAGAAAAGCAACAUGGCCGCGGCCAAGAGACUCAUAUCAAGGUUGACACUAGUUACCGGAGGAGGCAGUGGGAUUGGACGGGCCGUGUGCCAGCGAUUCGCCUCUGAGGGCGCCUCCGUGGUGGUCGCUGACAUCAGUGAGGAGUCGGCCAAUGAGACGUUGGGUAGCCUGCAGAGUGACCUCAAAGGUCAGGGUCACAUGGCAACUGUGGUGGACGUCUCGUCAAAGGAAAGCGUCACCAAGCUGGUCACAAGUAUUCAGACUUGUUACUUCCAGCCCCCGUCAGUGUGUGUGAACGCAGCCGGCAUUACUCAGGACAACUUCCUGCUCAGUAUGACGGAGGAGCAGUUUGACAAGGUCAUCCAGAUCAACCUGAAGGGUUCAUUCUUGGUGACACAGGCUGUUGCUCAGGCCCUGGUGUCCUGUGGAGCGUCCAGAGGAUCCAUCAUUAGUGUGGGCAGCAUUGUGGGGAAGGUGGGAAACAUUGGACAGGUGAAUUAUUCCUCCUCUAAAGCUGGAGUGGAGGGUUUAACCAGAACUGCUGCCAAAGAGCUGAGCAGGUUUGGGAUUCGGUGUAACUGCAUCCUGCCAGGAUUCAUAUCGACUCCGAUGACAGACAAAGUUCCAGAGAAGGUCAUAACCAAGAUGAAAUCCUUGAUACCGAUGGGAAGAAUGGGUGAACCUGCAGAGGUCGCUGAUGUUUGUGCCUUUUUAGCCUCAGAUGACUCUCGGUACAUCACAGGAGCGAGUAUCGAAGUGUCAGGUGGACUUUUCAUUGGUUAAGUCAAAAGCCUGUCAUACCGAAGAAGACCACCAGGAGGCCUGCUUCUUCAUAAUCCUUUGGUCAUUAUGGAUAUUCUGCUUUUUUCAUGAUUACUGUUGAUCGCAUUUUAUCGAUCUGACUGUGAACUUGUACUGAACAAGUGUAAACAUGUUUUAAUAAAUACCUCAGUAGUGA